AUGAAAGCUAUUGAGAUUGAACUCUAUUUUGUAAGCUCUGAAAAUGAAUUUUUAUGUUUACUUGGCCUUCAUCAAAAUCACAUAAUUUUGGUUUAUUGCCAUGAUGUAAAUGACGAAGACAACGAAGUUACUAUUGGUCAACUAAAGACAUUUACAAGUAUACUUUCUCAAUUUCCUCCAGAAAUUACUGUGGGCUUUUAUUUAACAUCUAAAGAAAUGUCAAAAAAUCUCAAAAACACUUGA